UUUAUUUAAUUUUCAGAGCCGCAAAAUCAUAAACCUCAAAACAACCCAAGUGCCACACACACUACCACUUACCAAACUUAAAUCCUUCACUUUCAACACCAAAAUGGACAUCUUCUCAUCAUCAUGGAGUUCAGAUUCUCCCUCACUUGACCUGCCGGGGACUGCUAACGCCGCCACCAAAACCGCCCGGCCAGCUGCCUCCUCCGAUGAAGAGGUCUUAUUAGCUUCAAGUCUCCCGAAACGACGUGCCGGACGGAAAAAGUUCAGAGAAACCCGACACCCGGUAUACAGGGGAGUUAGGCGGAGGAACUCCGAUAGGUGGGUAUGCGAGAUGAGAGAACCCAAGAAGAAAUCCAGGAUUUGGCUUGGUACGUUUCCCACUCCUGAAAUGGCUGCAAGGGCUCACGAUGUUGCCGCAAUGGCACUUAGGGGGAGCUCUGCCUGUCUCAAUUUUGCUGAUUCUACAUGGAGGUUGAAGCUGCCAGAAACUGCUGAUGCCAAGGAUAUACAGAGAGCGGCUGCUGAGGCUGCCGAGGCUUUUAGGCCUGCGGAGAGUGAGGAAGAAGAUAUGUGUUGCAAUGACACGAGAGAGGAGAAUGAAACUUCUUCACCUGAUACUACUACUACAACAACUAUAUUUCUCAUGGACGAAGAAGAGGUCGUCUCUGGAAUGCCUAGAUUGCUUGAAGACAUGGCAUUACUCUCCCCCACUCACCUUGGAGGUGGCUUCUAUUGGGACGACGUGGAAUUUGAUGCUGACAUGGCCUUAUGGAGUCACUCCAUUUGACUUUUUUUUUUUUACCAGUUCUUGUAAACAUGAAACCCUUUUUGAAUUGAUAAGGGUGUUUCCACGAAUAGGGGAAAAA